AUGGAAUACAAUAAUAUAACAUACAGUAAUGUAGGAGACAUGGUAAAUCAAAUGAUAGUUGGCAUGGAUGCAAAACAAAUAUCAGAAACUUUUAUAUAUAUUUUGGGUCAAAAAGCUGGAACUAGUCGUUAUGAUUUAAAAAAUAUUGAUUGUCAACCGAUAUCACAAUUUAUUGAAAAAAUUCCAAAAAGAGUAUAUUAUCCUAUCACUAAUUUUGCAAGAGAUGGUGAAACUAUAUUCAAAUGUUGUAACAAAACUUUUACAACAUUUCGUGAAGCUGCUAUGUUUUCUGUUAGAAAAAGUUGUCCUCUUAGAUUUGGUAAAAAUAUGAUCAAACUUUAUCAUAUACAUGAUCCUCCAUCUGCUAUUAGCUGCCAAAAUACUAGUAAUUUAACACCUGUAUUAAAACCUGGAUUAAAACCUGUAUUUAAACCUUGUAUUCCUCCAAAACUUUCUUGUGCUAAAUGUUUCCAUUCAACUAAAUGUUUACAAUCUUAUUCUUUAAGUCAUAAGAUAUGGAGAUUGGUUUGGGCGGAUAGUGUUGUUUUUUAUUUUAAUGACAAAAGUUCUACUUUUUUCAAAUUAAAUUAUUUAAAAGAAAUUAAUCUUUACAGACAAGCUCAUAAUAGUCUUUCAUUAUCAUUUAAAAAUAAAUAUUUAUCAGCUCUAGCACAACAUCAUGCUAAUUUGUUGGCAAAAGCAAAGAAAUUGACUAGCUAUGGCAAUCAAGUAUUCGGUACAAUAAUGGGUAUUAUAGAUUAUCGUUACGGAUCUUAUUUAUUUCUCACCCCACAAACGGAAGAAGUUACAGCUCUUUUAUGGAAAACAACAAGAAUGAUAGGUAUUGGAAUAGCCAAAUGUGGUAAUUUGCUUUAUGUUGCGGUCAAAUUUUAUCCUAAAGGAAAUGUCAAACAGUUAUUUACAAAAAAUGUCUUGCCAGUGGUAGCAGCAAUGAGAGAAUAA